UGUCGUUCACUCUGACAGGUACACAGCGAUAGAGCUCAUGGACUACUGAUGAUUUAUGACAGCUUUACCGGACAACACGAUUGCGUUUUAAAGGUUUUGGCUAUUUACUUACAUUACCAAAGAGUCUCGCUAUUAAUAAAUGUUACAAAUAUUUUACGAGCCAGAACCGAGUGCCAGCUGAGCCGAACAGGUGGUGCGUGAGAGCGCGUAAAGUUCCGCUAAGCUUUUAGAAUUAGUGACGGGGAUUCAGAUGUCCCAUUCUCAUCAAGAUUUCAGUUUAGCACGCAGGAGAGUUCAUCGGUCGUAACCGGCAAUAUCAGAUUCAGAGGAACAGGUUCAACUCAUCUGCCGCAGGGAUGCCCGAUGCUGGAACAGACAUGGGGACGGACAACGGUAGGAUUUUCGGGGUGACACCCCCGAGCGCGGAAAACAACCGCAACACAUCUCUAAACGGCGGACCUCCACAGGACAUCCUCAGAAACUUUUAUCACACGAAGAAAGUUGGGAAUUAUCUCAUCGGAAGGAAGCUGGGAGAGGGGUCUUUCGCCAAAGUGCGCGAGGGUCUUCACGCGAUCACGGGCGAGAAGGUGGCGGUGAAAGUCAUUGACAAGAGGAAGGCCAAAAAGGACUCCUAUGUCACGAAGAACUUGCGGCGUGAAGGUCAGAUCCAGCAAAUGAUCCGUCAUCCGAACAUCACACAGCUUCUGGAUAUCCUGGAGACGGAGAACAGCUACUACCUCGUGAUGGAGCUCUGCCCUGGCGGAAACCUCAUGAACCACAUCUACGAGAAGAAAAGACUGGACGAGAGGGAUGCGCAGAAAUACGUACGCCAGCUGGUCAUGGCGGUAGAGCAUCUGCAUAGGGCGGGAGUAGUUCACAGAGACUUGAAAAUUGAAAAUCUUCUGCUGGAUGAACAAGACAACAUAAAGCUUAUCGAUUUUGGCCUCAGUAACUGCGCAGGAAUUCUGGGGUACUCGGAUCCCUUCAGCACUCAGUGUGGCAGUCCGGCGUAUGCCGCCCCUGAACUUCUGGCAAGGAAGAAAUACGGACCCAAAGUGGAUGUCUGGUCAAUAGGAGUCAACAUGUACGCUAUGCUGACCGGUACACUUCCAUUUACGGUGGAGCCCUUUAACCUCAAAACCUUGCAUCAGAAAAUGGUGGACAAAGACAUGAACCCUCUACCUCCAUCUAUCUCUUCAGCCGCCGAUCGCCUGUUGAAGAGACUUCUAGAGCCAGACCCUGAAAAGAGACCCAACAUUCAUCAAGCGAUGGCCGACUCCUGGCUGCAGCUGGGCAAUCCUCACACAGGAGUUCCUUACCUAAAUAGGAUUCACAUUGAAGAGAUCAAUCACACGGUUCUGUUGCACAUGACUGAGCGAAUGGGCUACAAGCACAGCGAGGUGCUCAGUGCGGUUCUCACCAACAAAGCUUGUCACACGCUGACGGUUUACUUCCUCCUCAAUAACAAGAUGAAGAGGCUAUCAAAGGAGUACAGGGAGAAACAAUACAACAUUGAGAAAGAGAAAAAGAGCGAGCUUUUUCAGACCCAGUGGCGAAAGCCCAUCGAGAAGAUCACGAUUCCACCCAAGCAGACACCUGUUUAUCUCGUCGCGAGCAAAGGCCCGACCAAAGCGAAGAAGCACAAAACAGGUCUUCUUAAAGCUGUGACUGGGGGUUUUAAGGAUGUUUACUUAGGGCGUAGGGGUUGCAUCACUUCUUCCUCACUAGAGUACUUGGAGAUCCACCCCCUGUUUCCAAACACCGCACAACCAACGCAUCCUCAGCCCGAGACCCAGCCACCCCAGAAAGACAGCUCCAAAGACCGCCCAAAAGCUGUCAACACCCCCGCUCGCCCUCCAUCAUCCCUCGGUGCUCAUUCUUGGACCUCUGCGAGCAAAGAACCAAGCAAAGAAUCUCCUCCAUCCCCGUGGUACAAGCUGACCAACGGUGCACUCUCUCCACCUCGCCACGUAUCCGCCUUUCAGCCCGAUAGUUCAUACUUAAAGAAGGCCACCAUCCCCAGCCCACCCGUUCUUAUAGUCAAACCCCAGCCCAAGAAAAGUCCUUCCACUACGGACUGGUCCAGCUCCACAGACUCCAGCGGGAGUCCACCCAGCAGCGGAGCCAGCGACGAGCCUGACAGCCCUCAGCACCGUAGCAAAUUUCCUUCGAUGGGUAUCGGGCAGAUUUUAAAGAAAAAAGUGCAACCCUUCAGCUUCCAGUUGCCCCCGUUUAAGCCUGAACCGGCGGUGGAAGUGGAAUCUCCAACUCCGUAUCACAUGCAAACUCUGCUGUGCACUUCAGGAGCUCUCAAGACUCUUUGCUGAUGACAAAUCUGUGUAAUCUCAGUAAGACGUACAUAAAAAUUGUAUGCAGUAACAUAAUAGCUCACCAACAAUGCUAGUUCGUCUAGUUGGGCUGUUGGCGUGACAGAGCACACGUUACAACUAAACCCUACAGCGAGUUCUUUGGAAUGCGUCCCAAUUAUGCACACGCGUCAACGGUUCCAGAAAACUAACUUUGGCUCCAAGCUCUGUACAAAUGUUGUCUUAAAGUAACACAGCCGCAGGCUAGUAGGCGCCUGAAGAUCAAUUUCACAAGCUACGCACAAGUUAGUGAAAAAAAGCUGUCACUGCCCACGAUAGACACACUUAUGUAUAGCAACAUGUGUAGUUGUGUUUAGAAUCUUUGGGUUUGUGGACGGUAAUGAAUCUAAGACUAUUAAGAGCAGUUGGAGGCUUUUCUAGGACGCGCUUAUUUCAGCAAAUAAUUUUAAUCCUUACUUUAAUCAACCUCAAAUUGUAAAACACUCAGGUCAACGAAACUGAACUAAAGAAACGUUACAUCCUUUGAACCUGUGGUGUCUAUAAUUCUUCAGAAGAUGACGUUCUUCGUUUUCUUCCCCUAUAGGGGAUUGCUGGAUUUUUCUAUAGCCUUAAAUAUCUUGCAUUAGGCCUUUAGGCUACAAUGGGAGAUUCCAGUGUUAUUCUAACUUUGUGUGUUAGUGUGUGUGAUUCAUUUAACAGGAAAGGCAUAAUUUUGAGGGAAAUACUACUUUGUGCAAUAGCGUGUAAAUAUUUGAAGACUGAGCUGUAUGUCUUUAAAUUACACAGAACGAAAGAGAUUUUAAAACAGUCUGUAAAUAACAUUUCUUUCAUUCCAUGUGUAAAACAGUAAAGCGUGUUGUCAUUUCACAUUGUUCUAGAUUUACAAAGCAGUCUGACCUCUUUCCAAGUCUCCACGCACACAGAAGACUGAACUGUAAAAAAGGAACUUUUAUCUGGUUUUACUACACUUUUGCAUGCACCAGAACUUUUUUAAAAAUGUGAUGUCCGUUUUUGGUGACACGUCUUUGUACUUUUGUUACUGUGAAGAUAAAUUUGAAGGUCUUUUGUAAGGUUUUAUAUUCAUUUGCCUUCAAUGAACUAAAGGAGAUUUUUACGCUGUAAAAAACAGAUUCAAAAUAUUUAUAUUUAAAGAUUAUUAUUUGUGUUCUGGAUUUUCUAUUUUAACGCAGCAUGUAUUACUUUUUGACACAUUCAAAUAAAUGCACAAAUACAAAGUUA